AAAUCGCCUCCGCCGGGUCUUGCCUGAGAGUUUCCACUUCCGGCCCCAAGGGGCUGGAGGACUCUGCGAACAUGCGGCUGUCAGUGGCGUCCGCCAUUUCCCACGGCCGCGUAUACCGCCGCCUGGGCCUUGGUCCCGAGUCCCGUAUCCACCUGUUGAGAAACUUGCUCACCGGACUGGUGCGACACGAACGCAUCGAGGCGUCAUGGGCGCGUGUGGACGAGAUGCGGGGCUACGCGGAGAAGCUCAUCGACUAUGGAAAAUUGGGAGACACCAACGAACGAGCCAUGCGAAUGGCUGACUUCUGGCUCACCGAGAAAGACUUGAUCCCAAAGCUAUUUAAAGUACUGGCCCCUCGGUACCAAGGUCAGAAUGGGGGCUACACAAGGAUGGUGCAGAUUCCAAAUCGGAGUGAACAGGAUCGGGCAAAGAUGGCAGUGAUCGAAUAUAAAGGGAAUUGCCUCCCACCUCUGCCUCUACCUCGAAAAGACAGCAACUUUACACUCCUAAACCAGCUGCUCCAGGGGCUUCGGCAGGACCUCCAAAAGAACCAAGAAAAAAGUCUCCACAGCUCCCAUACAGUUCAAACACCAAGGAUUUAACUGGAACUGGACUCUGGUUUUCUUCAGUCGCCAUGAUGACUGGCCUAUGGAGUUCUUUGAAUGUCUGAGAACUAGAGCUAAAGUUGUAAAAUGAACAGUCUUAAUGGGGCUCAGAACCUUCUGGGGAGCCAGAUGUCCCUCUCUUUGCACAAAAGAUAAAAUUCCUUACCUUGAAUAUAUGUAAAAUGUUUUUUUUUAAUUCCCUUAGGGUUUCUGGAAAAAUGAGAACCAUCUAAAUGCUCAGUCUACCUAGGAUAGUAAAUUCAUGGUUUAUGUUUCUGGUUCUUAGAUCUGGAUUGUGUUUGGUUAGUGUAGUUGUUUUUCUUAGUACCAAUUUAGAUGGGGCAUGAUUCCUGUAUCCCAGACUUGUUCCCUGACAUGAUUGUAUUUUGAUAUCCAGCAUAGGACUCAGCCUCUAGGAUUUCUUGGAAAAAGACUGCUUCCUGCUGGGGGGGGGGGGGGAUGAACAUCUGGCAAUAAAACUUGUUUAAUCCAUAUCCAAGGCACCUUUGGGGGACACUGCAACCAUUCCUCUGUUUCCAGGCUGGAUCACACAUUACCUUCAUGUGCUCUCAACCUCUAGGUUUUAAAGGAGGACCUAAGAACUCUGAUAUACUACUACCUUGACUGAAAAAGUGGAGGUAUCUGACAAAGGAUGCUGGCCUUCCGGAUGAGCUCCUUCCUCUUGGUAUGGAGAGGGUUGUAGUGAGGGAAACAUUAGAAAGUUCAACUUGCUGGGGAUUUCCUGAAAAUUUUUAUUGUUGUCAAAAUGGGCCUCCAUGGGAACUUAAAAAAGGGAAAUCCGGUUUCAGAAUGGCUGAGCAUGUGAAACACCAGGAGCUCUUUUUUUAAUCCACUAAUUAUAGCAAAUGAAGCCAGGCUUAGUCCAGCCAGGCUACCACUCCCUUAAGAUUCAAGGACUAACUAGAGUGAUAGUCACAAGAAGAUCUGAUGUUGUCACCCUUGGCCUGAUCAUGAUAUAACACAGCCUAAUAGUUACCAUGUUUCCAGUAGAGUGGGAAGAAGAGAUUUUUGUCUCAGGCUGUACCUUAGUAAGGGUGAGGGUAGAACAGUCACUAGUCUAACAGACAUGAGCUUUAGUGACAGAACUGUUACAGUGCUAUUCUGCCACAACAGCCUUAGUCUGACACUCAUCUCCAUAGGGCUCAUUCUCCCUUACUGUACUUGAAUUUAUCCUUCACAGUAGUAUGAAAGAGCCUUACAUUAAAGUUUGAGCACCAUAGACACAAAAACUUUUGCACUAAAUGUUUCUCUCAAAAAAUUCACUACUCUUCCAGUCUUAACAUGAAUAUUCACCCCAGCUAGAUAUCUGAGAAUCAUCCCUGAUGCCUAAAGAAAACAGUUCCCUUAAAAUUAAAAACGUAUCUGUAAGUCUUGAGAACAGGUAAAUUGUGGCUGGACUGCCAUGACAUUUCCUCUUAACCAAAAUAUAUUUCAUUUUGGGACUCUUCAUGGUUCCCAAGGUAUUUUUUUUUUCUUUUUUUAAGUAUCUGCCAGUCCCCACAUCAUUUUAGGUACUGAGGAUACCAUAUUUAUCAAAUAUUUCCCAUAAGUCAGGUCCUGCCAUCAAAGAGUUAAUAAUGGGACACUACAUCACCUUUAAAAUUUGGGCCCAAAUAAGACAUUAAUCCUGAAACAUUCACUAAAGUCUCAAGGAUAACAAGGGAAAUGGUUAACAGUGUACCGAGAAUUCUAACCUCACCUCAGUUGGUGGAAUAUGCCCUCAAGUCCAUCUAGGCACCACUUAAGUAAAUUCCAAAGCCAGCAGAGGCCCAAAACAAUUUUAGCAACUAGAGGCGGUUCAUCUGGGAGUUCUUUUCAAUAAGGCUGACGAAGUAGUGCUUCCCUCACCCUAGCCCAAUAUCUACAAUUAGAAAAGCAAAAGCAAAAGACAGUUCACUUAAUUUAUCUUCAGUAGAAUUAGGUCAAAUUGCUGUUACCUGUCUCCCUAAAUGAAAUUCUGGGUUACAACAGCCCCCCAAUUUCCCUUUCUGCAUUGCAGCUAUGGUAAUAGAAACCUGAUUAUCUUAAUUCCUUGGUCAUCUUUAGUGGCCCACAUCCUAUGAAACAGAGUUUAGAUUUCUUCUAGAACCCUCCUCCUUGACCAUACAUCUGCACCAUACUCUAUCUUUGUACCUUGCUUCUAGUUUUAUGCUUCGGAAGUCAUUUUGGUUGGUUCCUGUUCAUACCUCCCAUUACCACCAUUGGUUCUUGCAGUCUAUACUAUCCAGCAUCCCUUCCUACUUUUUCCCUGCCUAAUUAGUACACAAACUUAAUUGGUCAUCUGACUUUUCCCUAACCCUAAAUUUAGUGAUGAGAAACCUUUUAGAACUUUGAUAACAGCCCACUGUGGCACACAUGCCAUAAGUCCACCACCACUAAGUUCAUUACUUUGUCAAACUAGAUAACCCUAAAGUAUUUCUAUGAUACACUGAAAUUAACACAUUCCAUUAGAGUUCCAACAGUGGAUCAGAUUCCUAAAUAUCCAUCCCAGAUUAACCUAAAGCAGGCACUGUUUCCAUCUCCUGGCUGUUGAUGGAUUCAGGAUCCAUGUUUUGUUCUGGGUAAGAGUACGUUGGCAUAUUAUUCUGAGUACUACUGGGGAAUUGGCCUUAAUAUGAAAAUAACACUGAAAAA